AUAUUCAUGAGCUCAGCUGUAGCUGUCUAUUGUACGGGUAAUUGUCCUGCUAUGGCGAUGCUUGUCUCAGGAUGAUCUCCGCGCGGAACAAAGACGAAAUUGUGCGAUUCUACACGGUCACCGACCCUACGACACACAAGAAAGGCUACACGGUGUAUAAAGUCACGGCCCGGAUUAUCUCACGGAAAAACCCAGAGGACAUUCAGGAGAUCACAGUGUGGAAAAGGUAUAGCGAUUUCAAAAAGCUUCAUCAAGACCUUUGGCAGAUUCACCGAAACCUCUUUGGGCAGUCAGAGCUCUUCCCCCCCUUCGCCAAAGCUAUAGUCUUUGGUCGUUUUGAUGAUUCUGUGAUUGAAAAGAGAAGACAGUGCUCAGAGGAUUUGCUGCAGUUCAGUGCUAAUAUUCCUGCUCUGUAUGGCAGCCAGUCCAUACAGGAUUUCUUUAAGGGUGGUGAGGUGCAAGACAGCUCUGAGCUCAUCGGCCCAGCCGAGCCCUUCUCUGAUUUCCUAGCUGACAGUCUCUUAGAUAGCAGCUCUGAAGUUCCCAAACAUAUCAGUUUUGUGGAUGAUUUUCUAGUCACCAACCCAUCUAAACAUGAGUGUGGCAGCGGUCACAGUGAGCUGAAUUCUCUGGAGGUUGAUGGAGACUUUCUGGCCGCUGUGGACGAUGGAAUGGCAUCAGGCAGCAUCAAGCACAAAGCAACACAAAGCAACUCCUCUCCAAUCCCACAGCCAGUGACGUUCCCGAGCCGGGUGGGAGUAGAGUCCAGCCACACCAGUGGGACUUUGAGCUUUGCCUCCAGUCUCAGGAGCUCCACAGAGAAGGAGGACUACCUGGAAAAGGCCAGUGGGCUGAUCGCUCUAGCUGUCCAGAAAGAAGUGGAGCAGGAAUUUGCAGUGGCGUUUUCCUACUAUCGUAGAGGUGUGGAUCUUCUGCUGCAGGGUGUACAAGGAGAGGUGAGUCCCAGCAGAAGGGAGGCUGUGAAGAGAAAGACGGCAGAAUAUCUGAUGCGUGCCGAGCUCAUUUCUGCACAGCUCAAGGACAGCAUGGGCCAGAGCUCCACUCAAAGCAGGGCGCUGGGCUCGCAGUGCUGUGGCGGCUCGUGGUCUGAGCAGACUCACUUUGAUGAGCUGAAGCAUUACAGAGUGCUGGGCGUUAUUGAUAAGGUGCUGUUGGUGAUGGAUAAGAGAACGCAAGAAACUUUUAUUUUGAAAGGUUUAAGGAAAAGCAGUGCUUGUGGGCGUGUUAAGAAGACCGUUGUGCCUCGUUCCCUGCCUAACAUGGUACAACUGGAGAAAUACAUCGUCUCAGAGGAUUCCAUCUUUCUUUUACUGGAGUAUGCUGAGGGUGGUAAAUUGUGGACUCAUAUCUGCAAGUAUCUGCAUGGCAGCAGUCCCGACGAAAGCUUCAACAUACCUUUCAUCCAGAAAGCUCACUCUAUAGCUAUACAUUCAGCCCUGAACCCUGUGCCCACCGGUUCCAGCAGUGUGGAUUCCCGGGUCCUAAGCUUUGGAGAGCGUCCUUUAGGAGCCCGGCCGCCAGACUCGGGAGCCACCUCUGAGGAGGAGUGCACCAACAGCUACCUGACACUGUGCAACGAGUACGAGCAGGAGAAGCUGGAGCCAGAGGAAGACCCCUGCACACAGAAACAUGCAUGUUCAACGCUAAACACCGAUAGUCUGUGCUCUCCGGUUUCAAUGCAGGAGCUGUGCUUCUUCACUGAGGAGGAUCAACUGGCUGGCUUUAUGGAUCAAUGCACAUCUGACCAUCUGAGCCCAUCGCCGCCCAAGGAGCUCUUCUACAGUGAGGGUAAGGACGUCUGCAAGCCACUGUCUUUACCCUCAGAUGCUGGUAUAGAGGAGCCACUGGGGAAGCCACAGGAAGAGUCGGAUCUCUGGAGGUCUGACGGUGAUCAAUGCUCAAAUGAGUUGGUGCCGGUAAUUUCCUUUAAAGAGGCUGUAUCGGAGGAUGCGAAUGUCAGCUGUGCUGUUGAGGGACAACCGCCUGAUCUUUUGGUCAAUCUGCCGGCACUCGAAGGAGGCACAGGAGAUGUGUUAGAGGAAGUGCUUGUCCCUAAAGGCAUCGCUUUCCCUGUUGUAGACAAAACCUCUCCCACAUUUGGCAGGCCAGAUGUUCUACAGAGAGGAGAGAACGCAGAGUUGGACCCGUCUGUUGAUGUGGCUACACUUCCACUUCCACACAAACCAUCAAAAACAGCAGACUUAUUGACUCUGUCUUCCCCCAAGCUCUCGGUUAUGCUGGACGCAGCGGUUCCCGAACAUGAAGACGUGGGGUUGGGGUCAGAGGGCACUUCAGGAGAGCAGGAGGUUGAGAAAGUGUCGAAGUUGUUUCAAGAGCUGGAUAGGUUGGCUGCUGUUUCAUUAGACACGCGUAUCCCAGAGGCGAUGGUGAGGAGCUGGGCUGCUGACAUGGUUGUGGCUCUGGAUGCGCUGCAUCAGGAGGGAGUCAUCUGUCGAGACCUGAACCCCAGCAACAUACUGCUAAACAACACAGGUCAUGUGCAGCUGACCUAUUUCUGUAGCUGGAGUGAUGUAGAGGAGUCAUGUGACCCUAAUGCCUUCUCGAAGAUGUACUGCGCACCAGAAGUGGGCGGAAUCUGUGAAGAGACGCUAGCGUGUGAUUGGUGGAGUUUGGGAGCCCUUUUAUUUGAGCUCAUAGUUGGAAAGUCUCUAUAUCAGUGUCAUCCUGCUGGCAUUGGUAGACACUCAUCCCUGAACAUCCCAGAGUUUGUGUCGGAGGAGGCACGCUCUCUGCUGGAACAGUUGUUGCAGUAUAAUCCAGUGGAGCGGCUUGGCGCAGGAGUAGCUGGUGUGGAGGAUAUUAAGUCUCAUCCUUUCUUUUCUCAUGUGAACUGGACCAAUUGAACUAUCAGAUGCUUUACUAGUAUGAGAUGAAAGAUCGAAACUGUCUGAGAUGUCUAUAUGGACAAAAACAAUGUCAUAAAUGCUGCAGGACACAUUUAUUUCACAAAUUCUCCUGCCUACAAAUGGCCAAAGCUCACUGUUGAGUGAGGAAGUCUAUAGCAGUGAGAGGAAAAUGGAUGUUACUGUUUUUGAAAUAAAAAAAUAAAAAACAUUUGUUUAAACCAGGGUUAGCAAUUAAGAUUCAAGAGCCACUUGAAAUAAUAGGAAGAGUUUAAGGAGGUUUCCUGUUCAUAUCAGAUGAGAACUAUCAACACAAUGGCUUCGUUCGAAAUCGCAUACUCUUGAGUACGUACUUAUUCUGAAUAAGUAAUUUCUUCACUGCCGCUGUGUAGUGUGAAUGCAAUAAGGACAUACUACAUUUGCCAUGUUGUCAUUAUCAUUUGACCUACCAGUGUCAGUUGUGUUGCUUCACUGCCAUUCAUAAAUCCUGUCCCGUGGCCUCAUGGGAUAGUAAAGUGUCCAUCAUAUGCACACUUAAGAAUCUCUCCGGAAGAAGUAGGUCAUCCAGGUACUGUUUGCCUACUCUUUUAUGAGUACUGUGAAUUCUUACAUACUACUUUUGUCG